AUGAAUUUGAAAUCAUUGCGAAAAUGUAAAAAAAUGCAAACUUUAGUUGGUUCAUCGCCAUUGGAGCAACAACCAAAUGGCAAAGUUGAAAUUGUAACUCAAACUGAUUUAAGUUUGGUGCAUAUUAGCGAUCAACUUAGUUCAUAUCUCAGUGGCCUUAGUAUUGACAACAAUUGUUCGCAAGCACCAUUCUACACAUCUCAGAUGUUGUUUAUCACAUACUAA